AUGGCUGACGGUGUUUAUCAAGGUGCUAUUGGUAUCGAUUUAGGUACUACUUACUCAUGUGUUGCUACUUACGAAUCUUCUGUUGAAAUCAUUGCUAACGAACAAGGUAACAGAGUUACUCCAUCUUACGUUGCUUUUACCCCAGAAGAAAGAUUGAUUGGUGAUGCUGCCAAGAACCAAGCUGCUUUGAAUCCAAGAAACACUGUUUUUGAUGCUAAGCGUUUGAUUGGUCGUAGAUUUGAUGACGAAUCCGUUCAAAAGGAUAUCAAGACCUGGCCAUUCAAGGUUAUUGAUGUUGAUGGUAACCCAAUGAUUGAAGUUGAAUAUUUAGGUGAAACCAAGACUUUUUCCCCACAAGAAAUUUCUUCUAUGGUUUUGAAUAAAAUGAAGGAAAUUGCCGAAGCCAAGAUCGGUAAGAAGGUUGAAAAGGCUGUCAUUACUGUUCCAGCUUAUUUCAAUGAUGCCCAAAGACAAGCUACCAAGGAUGCUGGUGCCAUUUCUGGUUUGAACGUUUUACGUAUCAUCAAUGAACCAACUGCUGCUGCCAUUGCUUAUGGUUUAGGUUCUGGUAAAUCUGAAAAGGAAAAGAAUGUUUUAAUUUUUGAUUUGGGUGGUGGUACUUUUGAUGUUUCUUUGUUACACAUUGCCGGUGGUGUUUUUGCCGUUAAAUCUACCUCUGGUAACACUCAUUUGGGUGGUCAAGAUUUCGACAAUAACUUGUUGGACCAUUUCAAGAAAGAAUUUCAAAAGAAGACUGGUUUGGAUAUUUCCGGUGAUGCUAGAGCUUUAAGAAGAUUAAGAACUGCCUGUGAAAGAGCUAAGAGAACUUUGUCUUCUGUUACUCAAACCACUGUUGAAGUUGAUUCAUUAUUUGAUGGUGAAGAUUUCGAAUCUUCUAUUACCAGAGCCAGAUUUGAAGAUAUCAAUGCUGCUUUGUUCAAAUCUACUUUAGAACCAGUCACCCAAGUCUUGAAGGAUGCUGGUAUUCCAAAGUCUCAAAUUGACGAAGUUGUUUUGGUUGGUGGUUCCACCAGAAUUCCAAAGGUUCAAAAGUUAUUGUCCGACUUCUUUGACGGUAAGCAAUUAGAAAAAUCCAUCAACCCUGAUGAAGCUGUUGCUUAUGGUGCUGCCGUUCAAGGUGCUAUCUUAACCGGUCAAGCUACAUCUGAUGAAACUAAAGAUUUGUUGUUAUUGGAUGUUGCUCCAUUGUCCUUGGGUGUUGCCAUGCAAGGUAAUGUUUUUGCUGCUGUUGUUCCACGUAACACCACUGUUCCAACUAUUAAGAGAAGAACUUUCACCACUGUUGCUGAUAACCAAACUGCUGUUACUUUCCCAGUUUACCAAGGUGAACGUACCAACUGUGCUGAAAACACUUUAUUGGGUGAAUUUGAAUUGAAGGGUAUUCCACCAAUGUCAGCUGGUGAGCCAGUUUUGGAAGCUAUCUUUGAAGUUGAUGCUAACGGUAUUUUGAAGGUUACCGCUGUUGAGAAAUCUACCGGUAAAUCUGCCAACAUUACCAUUUCUAAUGCUGUCGGUAGAUUGUCUUCUGAGGAAAUUGAAAAGAUGGUUAACGAUGCUGAAGAAUUCAAAGCUGCCGAUGAUGCUUUUGCCAAGAGACAUGAAGCUAGACAAAGAUUGGAAUCUUACAUUUCUUCUGUUGAACAAACUGUCACUGACCCAGUUUUGUCUGCUAAGAUGAAGAAGGGUGCCAGAUCUAGAGUUGAAGCUGCUUUGUCCGAUGCUUUAGCUGCUUUACAAAUUGAAGAUGCUUCCACUGAUGAUUUAAGAAAAGCCGAAAUUGGCUUGAAGAGAGUUAUGACCAAGGCCACUUCUACUCGUUAA